GUGUGUGCAGCAAGCCCCCAUCAACUCAAGAAGAAUUUAUCUUGCACAUCCAAGAACAAGAGCUCAAGAUUUCAAGCCCAAGGGACGCGGAUAAAUAUUAAAUAGUGAAAAUAGUAACGUUACUUCGUGUAGUGUUACAUUUCACUUGGGGUAGCCCCUUGGAGGGUUGGUUUCGAGACUCUUCAUGGUUGGGGACUCUGUGGUGGUGUACCACCAACCUGGACCUCGGCUCUUGGGGUAUGUAGAGGCUGGGAACCAUCUCCCUCUCGAACUCUUCUUGCUAAGUUUGUACUCCUAAGACUAUAGUGGCUGCUGUACCUCCUACCAGUAAAACCGCCAUAGUGUCGUCAAAUCUUCAUGGAAUUUCAUGAUUCAACUUGCUGCUGAUAGGCGACAGCAACGCGCUCCAGAUUCAAUUUACAGAUCACCGUUUGAGGCACAGAUCAGAUCGCCACCAAGUUUUGAAGCUGUCUGACCGAAUUCUGACUGUCCUGAAUUUCUCUCAUUUUAGGCACAUCUGAGCCUAUUGUGAUUAUAACAAGUGGUAUCAGAGCCCCUUGGAGCCGUCUCGACCAUGCCUAGGCCUGAGGAAGGGGGUGGCAGAGGUGUUGGAGGCAGAGAAGACGCCCAAGCACAAGCAUGGGCCGUGGGCAUGGCCGUGGAAGGGGCAGAGGGCGAGGAGGAAGAUUUGGCAGCAGUAACUUCAAUGGAGGCCGUGGUAAUGGAGGAUAUGGCAGCAACAACGACAAUGGCUACGGGCGUGGGCGCGGUCGAUUUGAUGGCGAAUGCCACUUUUGCCACAAGACCGGCCACAUGUGGAGAGAUUGCUUCAGAUUGCCUGAUGGAUGGACCCCUUCUCAAGGCCAAGAGGGAAGAGGAGCAAGGGGAGGAAGAGGCAGAGGUCGUGGAGGCCGUGGUGGCCGUGGAGGCGAAGCGGCAAGCAUGAAAGGUGGAGACUACGACAAGGACUCGAGUGAAGAUCGAUACCCGGGCCAAUUCUUCUUUGUCUCCACACAAGCGGCAGCUGCAGCAGGAGGUGUGGAAGGCUUUGAGGAGCCAGCAACUGUGGGAAAUGUCACCCUUCACUCUCUGGACUUUUGGGUGAUCGAUA